UGAUGCGGGGCAGAGAGGGCGGGGACACGAGCAAGGCGUCGACGGCAACUUUCAGCGCUAGAAGGGUAAAAAAAAAAGCUUUACGAAAAUAAUUGUCGCAAUUGUAUCGCUCUUUUUCUCUUCUAAAUUGGACUCGUAUAUGCGUGUCGGGGUUCCUGAAACUCAGAACGGACAUCGGCGAGAUGAGUGACGAAAAUCGAACCAAAGUGGAACUUUUUGUGAAGGCGGGGAGCGAUGGCCAGUGCAUCGGGAACUGCCCCUUCUCCCAGAGGCUCUUCAUGGUGCUGUGGCUCAAAGGAGUGACCUUCGACGUCACCACCGUGGACAUGACCAGGAAGCCUGACAUCUUGAAGGCCCUGGCGCCCGGCGCUCAGCCUCCCUUCCUCGUCUACGGCAGCGACGUGAAGACCGACACCAACAAGAUAGAGGAGUUCCUGGAGGACAACCUCUGCCCCCCAAAGUACCCCCGCCUGGCGGCCCGUAACCCGGAGUCCAACACGGCAGGGAUGGACGUGUUCUCCAAGUUCUCCGCCUACAUCAAGAACUCCAACCCCCAGCUCAACGACAACUUAGAGAAAGGGCUCCUUAAGGCGUUGGCCAAGCUCGACGCCUUCCUCGGCUCGCCACUUCCUGACGAAAUCGACCAGAAUAGCGCGGAUGAUGUCACUUCCUCGUCCCGCCCCUUCCUGGACGGCUCAGAGCUGACGCUGGCCGACUGCAACCUGCUGCCCAAACUGCACAUCGUGAAGGUGGUGUCUCUGCGUUACCGUGGUUUCAGCGUGCCUCGCGACCUGGCCAACCUGUGGCGUUACCUGGACAUGGCGUACGGCCGCGAGGAGUUCUCCUCCACCUGCCCCGCCGAUGCCGAGAUACACAUGGCCUACGCCUCCGUGGCCAAGGCCCUCAAGUAGGACGGGGGGCGUGCACGGGAAGCCAGCACCUUAGCCAGCGGGACACUAUACUGGAGAUGAAACACACACAGACACACACACAAACUGGGAGUGGCAGAUGAAGAGCAUUCUUCCAAAAUACAUACACUGCAUGGGUAAACAAACGCACACCUAAACCGACAACCGCCACGUGUAAACUGAACCUUUGCUAACUGCUGUUACGUUGAAACCCUUGACAACCUUUUGGUGUUUUUUUUUUUUAAAUGCUUUUCGAAUCCAGAGUCGGUUUGGAUAACCAGUGUUCCUCUUUUGUAAUGAUUGGAUGAAUGGAUGAACGCCAUAUCCCGUAAUUUACUGUAUCAUUAUCCUGCAUGUCUCUCUGCUUAUCACAGUACUCCCCCCCCCCCCCCCUCCCGUGUAGAAGAAAAAACUGACGCGUUAGUUAAAAAAUGGUUCAAUCCUGUAAAAUUUUUUAUUUCUUCAGUAAAAAUAAAUGCCGAAUUCGGAAAGCAAAAAAAAACAUUAAUUUCCAUAAAAAAUGAGUUGGUUUAGGUUUAAAAAAAUCGGUUGAUUUCACAAACCACAGCUAGAUCAUAGAUCUACUGAUCAUGUGUCUUUUUAAUUGCAGCCGUGUAAUAUUCUAUAUAAUAUGUCAUGACAAAUUACACGUAAUUUGUCAUGCCACACACUAAAGUGACUUAGCUAGCUAACAAAAUGCUAACAUGACGUGUCUUCUUGGAGUCGGAACACAAUCGCAGUGAGGCGGGGGGCAGCUUCUGCACAUGCACAGCAACAGAGACCGUAUUCAGACACAGGAAAUGACUUCAACGGAGCGCCACUUCCUUCCUCUGUUCUCCUACUUUGCGAGCAGCGCUGGAUCCGUCCAGAUUAUGGCGGUUGACCUCAUGUGGUCUUUCUGUGCGUGUUUGGUUGGUUGAGGUUCUCGCCGUGCUACUGUGUGUACGUUUCUCUGUGCUGGUCUGCCACACCAGACCUCUUUCCUUCUCACCUUUCAUGCGAGAGAAGCCUGCCUUCCACUCUCUCACUCACUCACUUAUUGUUUCAACAACAAACCGACUUAAAAGCCCUUCCAAAACCGUUUUGGUCUCUCUCAUACUUCAUCUUUAUGGAGUGUCAGGGUAAUACUCCUAUCUCCCUCACGGUUGAAAGAAGUUCCCAUUUUCCUUCUGUUCAUUUCCAUGCGUCGUGCUCUGUCACAGCAGGAUCAUUUUACUUCUGGAUUUCCCUGUCGGCCAUUGCUGUUCUCGAUCCCUAAAAGAUAUGUUGAACAAAGCGCUUCAUGUUCUGUCUGGAUUUUUCAUGCAUAGCUUUUAUAGAAAAUGAAGAAAGGAAAAUAAGAGUUGACAGAGACAAUUAGUUUAAAACUUAGUUUUAUAGUAUAAUUGAAUAAACUUGAAUGUGAGAUAUUGUCACAAUAUAAUGACAUUAGAUAGUGAUAGUUGCUCUACAUUUAAAUUGUUCGUUUUAUCGUCUAAGUAAAUAUCCUUGUAUGUGAAUAUUGUCAAUAUAAUGGCAAUAGAUUGUGAUAGUCAUGCUACGUUAAUACAGUGUUUCAUAUGACCAGGGAAAAGAUUUUAAGGCAAUUUAACCAAGUGCAAUUGAAUAAUUCUGGGAUAAAUGUUACCUAACAAUACGUCUAUUGCGAACGCUGCCUGUUUCAUAUUUUAAAACCGUCCGAGGAUGGUGGAGGGAACGUCUCAGUAUCUCGACUGUAAGAUAAACUGUUUUUACGCUGUUUGAAAUACCGAUAAACUGCGGCCAGGAUGCUAGCUCUUGCUGUGUUUUUGGUCCUCCAUGUUGUGUUUGUAAAAUGCUUUUGGUAUUGGGUCUGUCCAUUUCAAUCCACUAAAUCUUUCAUUUCAGUCUCAAUGCUUGCAACCUUCUUUUUGUUUUAGUUUUUUUUACCGUAGCUUUCCGGGUGCUUAGCGUGUGCUUAGCGUGUCUGCUGGUUUUCUCCUCUGUGUACAACCGUUCACAGUUGUAACUGACAAUCAAACUAAGAGCUAAACAAAUAAGGCGGUUGUGUAGAUGAUUUUGUGCGUUCAAAUAUGUUCAUUUUUCCAAGACACGUUCCAGUCUUCCCGAGCUGAUUAAAAAUGAAUUGAUGCAA